AUGCGCUUUGCCUUUAGUCUUGCGGCUUUAGCUAGCCUUGCUCAAGCAUGGCCUACGUCAGAAACACAACGCCUCGCGCCUCGCGCUGUGAGCUACGUGGACUCGGAAACUGGCUUCACAUUCUCUGAGACCAAAGCCGCCGCGACACUCUCAGCGAACAUUAUCUACCGCAUAGCGCAACCCGCCAAUGUGCCAGCGGGCCAACCAUACGACAUCGUUCUUCAAGUUGUCGCGCCUAACGUGCUCGGCUGGGUUGGUCUCGCAUGGGGCGGCAGCAUGAUCCGCAACCCCCUUACAGUGUCCUACCCCAACGGCCAAAAGCCAACCGUGUCAUCGCGAUGGGCCACUGGCCACUCUACACCCCAACAAUACACCUCAGCAACCUACACGCCCCUCACAACCGGCAACAAGUCCAACAACACGCAUUGGCAAUUCACCGUAAAAUGCACCGGCUGCACAACUUACACCGGUUCUUCUGGUGCCGUGCGCAUCGAUCCCAACAGCAGCAGCAAGCGCUUUGGUUUCGCGUGCUCGCAGAGCAAAGUCUCCAACCCGUCUUCGACUAGCGCAUCGAUUCCUGUGCAUGAUGUGUAUAAUUACAUCACGCAUGACUUUACUGCGGGUGCGAAUCAGAACUUUGAGGCACUGCUGAGUCGGAAUGGGGUUGCGAGUUCGGGUGGGAUGGGGAAUGCUACGGUGAUGAUGGUGUAG